AUGGGCCCCUAUACCGCCUCCUCAUGCUGCUGCCAGGCCCCUAAUCUGCCAUGGGCCCCUGUACCGCCUCCUCAUGCUGCUGCCAGGCCCCUAAUCUGCCAUGGGCCCCUAUACCGCCUCCUCAUGCUGCUGCCAGGUCCCAGAGUCUCUCAUGGGUCCCUGUACGGCCUCCCAUUGCUGCUGUCUCCAUCACUCUGCCAUGUGCCACUUUCAGGUCUCCUCACAUGCUGGUGUGUUCCAUUUUUUGUCAUAGGGUGCUGGCAGAUUACGGGCCUCCCAUAGCUGCUGCCAGGGCCCUAAUCUGCCAUGGGCCCCUGUACCGCCUCCUCAUGCUGCUGCCAGGUCCAGAGUCUCUCAUGGGUCCUGUACGGCCUCCCAUUGCUGCUGUCUCCAUCGCCACACUCUGCCAUGUGCCACUUUCAGGUCUCCUCACACUGCUGGUGUGUUCCAUUUUUUGUCAUAGGGUGCUG